UUGUGGCCCAGGCAGCUUUUCUUAAACACUUUCCCAACAACUUCCGUUUUGGCAUUGAAGACUGCCCUCGGGAAUGGCCCUUUGUCAUCACUGGGGACCAGAGGAAACUGUCAUUACACCAUCUUGAGCCAUGUACUACAGACACAAGGCUGUGUUUAUUCUCCUAGUAACUGGAUGGGCCAACAGUGUAGACCCUCCAGUUUCUUCAAUAAAUUGACAGCAGAUGAGCUGUGGAAAGGUGUUUUAGCAGAGAGCGGUGCUGGAGCAAGAAAAGGAAGAGGCAAAAGAGUUAAGAAAAAGAGAAGAAAGGAUUUGAACAGGGGUCAGAUCAUUGGUGAAGGGCGUUCUGGUUUCCUCUGGCCUGGUCUGAACGUCCCUCUGAUGAGAAAUGGAGCGGUGCAGACCAUCACACAAAGGAGCAAGGAGGAGCAGGAGAAGGUGGAAGCCAACAUAAUCCAACAGAGAGAGGAGUGGGAACGGAGGAGGAGAAUUAAGGCUAAGCGGGAGCGAGGAUGGAGCGGAAACUCCUGGGGAGGCGUCAGUCUUGGCCCCCCUGACCCUGGUCCCAACGGAGAAACCUAUGACGAUUUUGAUACCAGAAUACUAGAGGUAAGAAAUGUUUUCAACAUGACUGCAAAAGAGGGAAGAAAGAAAUCGGUCCGUGUCCUGGUGGCUGUGGGGAAUGGGAGAGGUGCUGCAGGUUUUGCCCUUGGGAAAGCUGCUGAGCGGAUGGACGCUUUCAGAAAAGCGAAGAACAGAGCAGUCCACUAUCUGCACUAUGUGGAGCGGUAUGAAGACCACACCAUCUUCCAUGAUAUUUCCCUGAGGGUUAAAAGGACGCAUAUCAAGAUGAAGAAACAGCCCAGAGGCUACGGCCUCCGCUGCCACCGGGCCAUCAUUACCAUGUGCCGACUCAUUGGCAUCAAAGACAUGUAUGCCAAGGUGUCUGGGUCCCGAAACAUGCUCAACCUCACGCGGUGCUUCUUCCAUGGACUCGCCAGCCAGGAAACUCACCAGCAGCUGGCUGAUAAGAAGGGUCUCCAUGUGGUGGAAUUCCGGGAGGAAUGUGGCCCUCUGCCCAUCGUGGUCGCCUCCCCCCAGGGGGCCUUGAGAAAGGACCCAGAACCAGAAGAUGAGGUUCCAGACAUCAGGCUUGACUGGGAAGACGUGAAGACAGCCCAGGGGAUGAAGCGCUCCAUUUGGUCAGGCUUGAAGAGAGCUGCCACCUAAGCGCCCUCCGGCCUUAGAGCCGCGGCCCUGGGGCUGCCAGCUCCUCCCACAGACUGCGCCUGCACCUCGGAAUGCCAGGUCUUCUUUCUUCACAAACAGUAAACCAUUGUAGCUUCA